AUGAAGAAACUUUGGGAAGAACUUAAUACCUUGAAUGCACACCCUCAGUGCAAUUGCACCUGCACUUGUGGAGCUAAGGCAAACAUGCAGAAGGCGGAACAGGAUAGAAUAUUAAUUCAGUUUUUAAUGGGAUUAAAUGAGGUGUACACUGUGGUGAGAGGCAGUAUCUUGAUGAUGAAUCCACUACCCAGCAUCGCACAAGCAUUUUCCAUACUAAUUCAAGAGGAGAAACAGAGGGAAGUUAAGCCACACAAUCAAUUUGUGAUGGAAUCUGCAUCUCUUAAUUCAAGUACAGGAAACAACAGUUUUAGGACCAAUUACAACACAAGUGGAUACAAUACUGGAAAUGUUGGAAACAAUGCAAAUAGAGGAGGAUAUCCUUCGAACAAACCUCGCCUAUUUUGUGAAUACUGUAAGAGGCCAGGACGUAGUAAGGAUAAGUGUUUCAAACACCAUGGGUAUCCUCAGAAUUCAAAGUAUCCUAGCUAUGGUAACAACAAUAAAGGGAAAAGUGUUGCAUCAAAUGUGUUUGGAACACCAAAUGAUGGACCUAAUGCUUCAGAAGUCGAAGGAGAUCAUCAUGAACAGGGAAGACUUAUGCAUCACCUGACUCAAGAGCAAUAUGGACAACUUCUCAACAUUCUGGAAAAGCUCCAAACAGGAAGCGCAGGGGAGAAGCCAGGAGACAUGAAGCUGACUGGAGGAGUUGUGAACUUUGCAGGUACAAUCGCUUGUUCUUCUUCUAUUGAGCAUGAUAAUCAGUUGCGUGAAUGUUCUGAUUCAAAUGUUGAUUCGUGGAUCCUUAAUUCCGGGGCCUCAAACCAUAUGACCUUCAAUAAGAAAUUAUUGUGCAAUGUCAAAACCGUAGUUUAUCCUUACUUAGUUUCCCUAUCCAGUGGAUACAAAGUGAAGGUGACACUCAUUGGUGAUGUGAUCCUUAGUCCAAAGUUCAUUAUGAAAAAAGGCCCUUCACUGAAGAGGCCACUGGAGAUUGGUGAAGUGAAGGACAGCCUUUACUUUCAUUAUCUCUGGGGUCCCUAUCACAUUCCAACUUAUGAUGGAUACAAGUAUUUCAUUACCCUUGUAGAUGAUUACAGUAGGUCCACACGGACACAUCUUCUCACUUGCAAGAGCAAUGCCUUGCACAUUAUCAAAGCCUUUGUUGCUAUGGUAGAAAAUCAACUCCAGACUACCAUCAAAACAGUUAGGACAGAUAAUGAUCUGGAGUUUGUCAAUGCUUCCAGCACCAUUUACAAUAUGGUGUCACCAACACUUGUAUCAGGGAACCAAGUCUCUGGAAAUGCCCAGGAUACAGCUGAAUAUAAUAUCCCAUCCCUACAGUUUCAAGACCAAAAUAGCCCACUUAAUACUGCUAGUUCAUCUGAUUCUAGCCAACAUACUCCAAUCUUACCUCUAGAAAAUACUAGACCACCCAGAAUUCACAAACCACCCACAUACUUGAAGGAUUAUGUGUAUACACUACCCAACCAACCUGUGAAUACCUCACCUCAAGAUGAACAAAGCACUUCUUCUUUGUCCUUCAAUACCUUUAUUCCUGAUGUGCAACCUAUUGACCUUAGAGCUCUGGCUACUGAUAGUCAACAUUUGAUAAAGAAUGUAUCACAAGAUUGUGAACCUGUCUCAUAUGAGGAAGCAACUGUUGUACCUGCAUGGCAAACAACAAUGACUCAAGAAUUUGAGGCAUUGUACACCAAUAACACUUGGGAUUUAGUGCCACUUCCAGCUGGAAAGAGGGCCAUAUGA